AUGGAUUACAAGAAAACAAUAUUCCAAGAUUUGAGUAUAGAGCCGAUGACCGAUAUUGGCGAAGUUGUUUACAAUAUAGCGAGAAGUAAACAAACAAAAAACGAGAAAGUCAAUUCGCACAAAUUUAACUUUCGUAAACAGAAUGGAUACUAUAAAAAUUCUUAUAAAAUUGAUAAUCAGAAGAGGGAAAUUUAUUAUAACAAAGGCUUUGAUAUAGAUAAAAUUGACAAAUCGAAACAAUUAAAAAAGCAUAUUAAAGAACAUUAUAUAAAUAACAAAGGAUUACAACAUAAUCCCAAAGAUUAUUACAAAGUUGACGUGAUUAGAAAUUUUGUAGACAAGAUGACGUCAUUACUCAAAAUGGCGAACAGCAAUAUGACAGAUUUAAGAGUCGAUAAUUCCAAUAUUUCGAGACGAUUCAAUUCAGACAAUACUUUUGUUAACAUUAUGACAAAUAUUUUGAACAAAUAUGUAUCUUCAUCGUUCAAAUUCACUCAGGAGAUGACCGGGGUAAUCCUUAAUAAAUUAUUAUUCAGCUCAGAUGCACACACACGCUUCUACGAUGUAGGAAAGCUUUUAAAAUACCUAAGAAAAACUGUGCAUAUAAAUAACAACGUAAACAAAUACGUCAUGACUUUGCGACCACGAAACUGUAUGACUAUCAGUGUACCGGGAUGCUUCUGUAAACAAGGUUACGUGGAAAAAUCAGGGCAAUGUGUGGAGCCAGCCAAGUGUCUAGAUGAUCAGUCACUCUUAGAAUAUUUAAAUAGAAUUAUUAUAUUGUAAUAAACAGUGUAUUUUAACCUUAAAAUUAAAAAUCACUGCUAUAGGUCAAGCAAGUCUUACAAAAUAUGUAUGUUUAUAAUAGAAUGUAAUGUAUGUAUCUCUAAUGCCAUGUCAUUGUGUACAUGUAAAAUUAAACUGAAGCCUUACAGUCCAGUUUGGAAGCAUGAUGUGUGAGCAUUAAUUAAUUUAAUUAAUUAACCAUUUUAAAAGGUAUCACCAACCCGACACACAUGACACAAUGACAUGUUGUGCUGACAAAAUUAAUGUGAAUACUUAAAUGACUUCACUACAAAUUUGUACAUUCCUUUUAAAACCAAAUAAAAAAUUACUUUUUUA